AUGGGCCUUUCAAUCGGCUCCAUGUGCGCUGGUGAUACCAAAGAAGAGGGGCCUGCGCUUUACUAUAUGGAUUCGGAUGGGACACGCCUGGCGGGAAACCUAUUUUGCGUCGGCUCUGGGCAGACGUUUGCCUACGGCGUGCUGGAUGCCGAAUACCGUUAUGAUUUGACCGAGGAGGAAGCGUUGGAGCUCGGCCGCCGCAGCAUUCUGGGUGCAACCCACGGAGACGCUUACUCCGGUGGCUAUAUCAACCUCUACCACGUAAAGGAGGAAGGCUGGGUGAAGCAUGGCUUUACUGACACCAAUGGGAUCUUUUGGGAGACUAAACUAGUGAAGGGCGAGUUCACAAACGUCACCAGUAAUUUUGACGAUGAAGGUGGCAGUUGUGUGUGA